CAGCUUUUUUUUUUCUUCUCGUCGCCUCCGUUUCUCAUAAACCUACGCUGUCUGCUUUUCAUCGUACCAGUUGAUCCUCAUUGAAAGAGGAGCAGAGGAGGACACGUUGACCAGCGCAGAGGAGGACACGAAGAGACGUCAAAAAGGGAGGCGGCAGUUUCCUUUUCCCCCGUCUCUCUCUCUCGCUCUCUCUUACACACACAUAGGAUACUUUUCUCAGUAUUUAUCCUUUCAUUUUCGGUGGAGUAUCUUAUAUUCGCAUGAGACUUGCCGGUUUGUGUGUCGGAGUGUGUCGCCGUAGCAGGAAAAGAGCCCUUAUAUAAGGCGAGUAACGGAGAGAUGAGCCUGGCGGAGAGAGGCGACAGAGACACCUUAUAGACUAACAUUCAAUUUGUUGAUGUGUGUGCGCGUUUUCCGUCAACGUUUUUGAUUAAUUUAUUCAAGCAACAUAGCUAGCUAGGAAGCUUGUGCCAAUGCUGGCCCAUUCACUAUUGUGUGCGUUUGAUUUCUCUUAGCUAGGCGGCUAAUGAUGAGCCCGUGUGCGUAGCGGAAUGAGGAUCCGAAGAAGCCUCCAGACAGACGCAGAUGGCUCCGAUUAGCGGUCAAAACCCCAUUAAAUAAUUUGGUUGUUUGAAUAAUAAAUACAGGCAAGUAGCCUGUGUGUGUGUGUGUGGUCAGACCUGGUGGGCCCAGCUAUAAUUCAUAAAACUAUCCUGAAUGCGAAGAAUGGGCCCAUGCCUUAAUUUGGAAAACAAAGAAUUAGGCUACUGAGGAGGGUAAGCUGGUUAGAUAAAGAUUGAUUUUGCGGGUUUUUUUAGGUGAGCUAGCAAGCUUGUUGACGGAUUUGUCACACCGUCUGGACUGUGCAGCUUCCCUGGGAUCUCAGUGUCCAUCAAUCGGAGUGAUUUCCCCCCCGGCUUCUUCUCUUUCUGCGCCGCACUACAAUGGGCGGUCACACGGGGGGCACCGAGCCGGUGGAAGUGGAGCCCAUGCCGGGAUACUUGGACCUCAUCAGCAGAGCCUCCACCGUCAUGCUGGGUGCAUGGAGAGACUGUAGCAAUUGCGGUCUGGAGCUCACCAAACGGACUCUCCUGGAUAACGCGUACAUUACCUGGGUGGAAAUAUCCCUGUUCUUCUUUUGCGCCUUUUUGUGGACGCAGAUCAGGCGGGGAUUGACAGAAAGUCUGUUCAAGCCUCUUGCACGGUGGUGCAGGCUGCUGCCCAAAGAUGCUGCCAAGAUGCCGGAGAGUGCGUGGAAGCUGGUCUUCUACACCAUGUCGUGGUGCUACAGCACCUACUUGCUCUUCUUCACCUCCUACCCCUUUUUCCAUGACCCGCCCUCUGUCUUCUACAACUGGAAGAGCGGUAUGUCAGUGCCUCUAGACAUCGCCAUAGCCUACCUGAUUCAGGGCAGCUUCUACGGCCACUCCAUCUAUGCUACAGUCUACAUGGACGCAUGGAGGAAGGACUCUUCUGUCAUGGUGGUGCACCACAUCAUCACAUUGGCACUCAUCUGCUUCUCUUAUGCUUUCAGAUACCACAACGUAGGCAUUCUGGUGCUGUUCCUCCAUGACAUCAAUGAUAUCCAGCUGGAGUUCACCAAGCUCAACGUCUACCUGAAGUCCAGAGGAGGAGGCUACUACCUGCUCAAUGAUAUACUGUCUAACAUGGGCUCUGUCAGCUUCAGCAUCACUUGGUUCUGGUUCCGUCUCUACUGGUUUCCUCUAAAAGUGCUGUAUGCCACAUGUGUGUCCAGCCUUCAAUCUGUUCCCUACAUCCCUUUCUACUUCUUCUUCAACGCUCUUCUCCUCGCCCUGCUGCUAAUGAACAUCUACUGGUUCUUGUUCAUCGUGGUGUUCGUAGUGAAGGUGCUCAAGUUGAAGGAGGUGAACGACGUCAGGGAGUACGAGGACGAGGACGGCAACAAGUCAGCAGCGGGCAACAAGUCAGCAGCGGGCAACAGGGCAGCAGCGGGCAACAAGGCAGCAGCGGGCCUGCUCAGAAAGCCUAAGGUGGAGAACAACGGCGAUGAUGAUGCUGGACAUCACAUCUCUGCCCAGGGGAAGCACGUGCAGAAUGGGAUCUCCAAGGAGAAGCAUCUAUAACAGGCUCUCUGUCGCCACCACCUGGCACAAGGCUACGAGUACAAGCAAGACGAGACGCCCUCCUUGGAUAGGUCACGCUAAAAAAAAAGAAAAAAGAAAGAAAGAAAGAAAAAGCGUGGCUCCAAGGAAGAGCGUCACAAAAAAGAAAAAGGAAGGAAAAAACCUAGUUAGGUUGCAACAAGUUUUUAUUCUUUUCAUUUGUUUUAGGCCAUGUCAUUUCAUCACUGUCAUUUUGUUUUUAUUAGAGCACUGUGAAUGUUAUUUCAGGUGACUUUUUGUCUUAUUGUUGCUAACUUUGCAUUUGAUACAUUCAGUAGAGACAAACCAGUUUCAGUAAGAGGUGGGCUGUAGUUGUCAUGUACAGUAGUACAGGGUGUCAUAAUUAUCACCAUCGUCACCCUUAACAGCGCCCAGACAAGACGAGGGUUAGGCCUGUAGUGACUCUGUAGACAUCUAGACCUGCAGUGACUUGAUAAUCAGGCAAUACGCCAUCAGUGAACUAUGUCCAAGUGUUUCCUAAAGUCCCUGUCUGGAAUCUUUUUUCUUUGCUUUCCUUCUCUCCGCCUCCUCCUCGAAAUCCGUCCCUCAUCUUCGUCUCCAGGCGUGAGGAUAAAAGGCCGAAAACACAAUUCAGACAGGGAGAAAAAACACUGCGUCGCUCUGAGUGUCGCUCUCAUAGCUGCAGCGAUGCAGGAGAGCCCGGUUCGUCCGGUGCUGUUUUCACCACAUGUAUUGAUUUUCAUAUCAUUGCACAACUCCAGUGGUGGCGACCGCACAGCUCCGGCCCCCCCUGCGUCCAUUAGUUUGAUUUUAAAAAGCCACAUCGGUGUAUGUGUGUGUGUGUAGGUAUGUGUGAGAGUACGCAUGUAGCCGAGUCUUUUAAACUCAAAAAUCACAACAUUUCACCUCUCGGUUUGAUUUACUAUAUUGUCGCUGAUGAUCAACAGAUAUUCACUUUGCAUUCCUGAAUGGAAAAAGCUUUUUUUUUUCUUCUUUUUUUUCCCUUAUUUUCCUCUAUGUGUGUGUGUGUGUGUGUGUGUGUAUGUGUGUGUGUGCGUUUGUUGCAAAGCAUCUGUUGCUGCACUGACAUGAAGGCAUACAAGCUGAUUGCUGGUUUAAUGACAGCAAAUAGCUGGAAUUGAUUGACUGGGUUUCAGUAUCAUCCUCAUGAUUUCAUUUGUUUAAACAAUGCGACGUUUGAAUAACAUUUAUAACCGGUUCACAGGUGGUGACGGCUAGAAAAUUAGAAACAAUAGCCCAGAACUUGUGUAAAGAUUAAAAAUCAGUAUGAUAAAAAAAAAAACAUUAUGUAUGCUCACAUUAUGGUAUCCAGGAAUGCAUGACAUCGGAAUGAUUCUGGAAAUAUGCUAUGAAAAUUGUCUUACAAACAAAACGAUGAAGAAAAAAAAAUCCUCUAGAUAUGUAAUCAUCGUCUUUAUUAAUGUCUACAAAUUUUUUUUUAAAACAGCGGUGACCACUGAACACACAUAAUGAACACACACUCAAAUGUGUGCGAUUCAAAUGUCUCACACACACAUUGUUUUAAAGAUAAGAAGGAACAAGUUCAGGAAGGAAUUUUAAUUCUAAUGUCUACCUGCUUCAUUGGUGUGUUCAUGGUAACAGCUGUGGCACCGUUUUUGUUUUUUUUAAAAAAAAAGAAAAAAUAAGGGAUACUUUCACUCUUCUCACCUUCUCGAUCAACUUCGAGCUCUUGUUUGGAUGAACAGCUGCUUGUGUUGCCGGAGCAGGCCGCAGAUGUCGUCUGUCCGUUUUAGUUUAUCUGUGCGUCUUCCAUAAUCCCCAACACCACUGCGUCAGCACUUGGGGAAUUAAAACUAACUUUUAAUUUUUUUUGUUUUAGGUUUGUUUUUGUUUUGUUUUUUUUAAUUGCUGCUGUUUUCUUUUCUCUGAGAACACUGUUUAUAUGCCCGUCGUUUUGGGGGUUUUUUCUGCUAUGUAUGAGUCAGUGAUAGUCUGCUUGGAACAGAUAUCCAGGGACCAGGGAGAGUCGUACAUUACAAACAUCUGGAUUCAGUCUUAUAUCUCUUCCUUUUAAUCUCAAUGCUGGCUCACGCUCUUUUUUUUUUUUAAAUUGUAGUCAUCAACCAUCUGUACUGUAAGUAACACGGUUUAUCAGACAUGUUACUGUGUGUUAUUUAUCAAACAAUCAGAGUCCCCCCCCCAGGUUUU